GGAGGGGAGGGGAGAAUGGCCAAGGAUUUGGUGCAGAUCCCAGACGAUUUGGAUUUCAGGUCGUUCCGAGAUGAAUGUCAUUCUGAGAGAGGCUGGUCCAUGAAAUACAACAAGCCCGGAAUCAGCGUGUGGAUUCAGGUGAUGGAGGAGGAUAAAGCCUUACAUAAAAUUAAGUGCAGGAUGUUCUGCAAGGACGUGAGCUCGGAGCUCCUGUAUGAUGUCCUACACGAUGCAGAGUACCGCAGGAAAUGGGACGAAAACAUGAUCGAGACCUUUGACAUUGGCAAGCUGACGGUUAACGCCGAUGUCGGGUACUACGCCUGGAGAUGCCCGAAGCCUUUGAAAAACCGUGAUGUUGUCACACUGAGGUCGUGGCUGCCCAUGGGGAAUGACUACAUUAUCAUGAACUACUCUGUGAAGCACUCGAAAUACCCUCCUAAGAAGGAACGAGUCCGGGCAGUUUCCACCCAGACUGGAUACCUGGUAGAAACUAACAGUGCCAACAGCUGUACCCUCACUUACCUGGCACAGGUGGACCCUAAAGGCUCGUUACCAAAAUGGGUGGUGAAUCAAUCAUGGCAGCUUCUGGCUCCCAAAGUGAGUAUGAUGUUUGAUGUCGAGGUAGCGUUGUCAGUCUCCCCGGGGCAGGUUCAUAUUAGAUAA